GAGGAGAAAGUCAGAGACAAGAGGGUCGGGGGUGGCUGGUUUACCUAUUACAGCCAAAAGUGGGCAUGGGGCUAUUUUUAGCCUGGAAUGGGGCGUAUUUAUUGUUUCAGCCCAGGGGAGCAGAGGGACUGCCUCUGAGAUUCCUCCUGCAGCACCACCAGCGCCUGUGCGAAGCCAUGGCACCCAAGAAAGCCAAGAAGAGGAUUGAAGGUGCGAAUUCCAAUGUCUUCUCUAUGUUCGAGCAGGCCCAGAUCCAGGAAUUCAAAGAGGCAUUCACCAUCAUGGAUCAGAACCGAGAUGGCUUCAUCGACAAGGCAGACCUGAGAGAUACAUUUGCUGCACUCGGGCGCCUGAAUGUGAAAAAUGAGGAGAUUGAUGAGAUGAUCAAGGAGGCACCUGGCCCAAUCAACUUCACCGUGUUCCUCACCAUGUUUGGGGAGAAACUCAAGGGUGCUGAUCCAGAGGAGACGAUCCUGAACGCAUUCAAGGUGUUUGAUCCAGAGGGCAAAGGGCUGAAAUCUGCCUACAUCAAAGAAAUGCUGAUGACGCAGGGCGAGAGGUUUUCCCAGGAAGAGAUCGAUCAGAUGUUUGCUGCCUUCCCUCCAGACGUCUCUGGCAACCUCGACUACAAAAACCUCGUCCAUGUCAUCACGCACGGAGAGGAGAAGGACUAACCCAUGCGCUCAGUGCUGGGGCUGGCACUGUGGGAUCACCUCUGCGUGGGUCACACCAUGGGUACCUUUAUCCCUCUCCCUGGAGCUGCAGAGCUGUUCUUCAUGGGGAUAAUAACCCAGAACAGCAAUGACACACAAUAAAGUGCAUUUUGGAGAGAGGAAAUACAACUGCCGGUGUGUGAGCAGUGCUGGAUGCAUCAGUGUGGUGUGGUGUGAUGUGGUGACAGCUGGAAGGACACUGUCCCA